CUUUCUGCCGAGUGUUGAUUUUUCCGUCUGUAAACUUUACGUCGUGCCUCAGCACAUUGUGAUGAAUGGAAGUCACUCAGUUCUCGAGGCAGCUUCAGCCAACCGCGCUCGGCUCCAACAAGGUCGCUUAGAGCCCGCGGGCUUGACUGCAGCGGAGGAGGAGGAGGAAACGGCACAUCUGGCACGAGGAAGGUUUUUUUUUUUUUUUUAAUACUUCUUUUCCUGCCUUUCUGCAAACGGGGUUAUAGCCACAAGGGACGAUCGAGCCACCACGUCUGCAACUGAGAGAGAGAGAGAGAGAGAGAAUCAGUGGAUCGAAGAAAGAAACAAAGGAAGAACAAAACUGAAAAUGCCAAUAGUGCGCUGGUCCUUGGCGAUGUUGUCCAACCUGGUUUCGCUCUUUUUUUGUUAAUGCAAACUUGGCGUUGUUUUUUUAUAGCGUUAAAUUGUGAUAUAAGGGAAUGUUACGAAACAAACAGUCGUGAUUAACGCAAACCCAUUUUAAUCUGUACUUUUAAAAAUUAUUUAUUACAUUCCACUUUUUUCCACACUUUUUGGGAAACUUGUCUUUUGCUGUUUCACACUGAGGAGAACGCUGCUUUUAGCGCUUCACCUCUUAUAAUAGUUUUUUGUUUUUGUUGAGUUUGUCAUGUUUUGACAAAAAGAGAACGCCACAGUAAGGUUACGGUGGACGUUAGAGAGGGGGAAGAAGAUUACAGAUUACACUUCCGCGGGAGGUGCGUACCAGGAAUGGGACCCAGGCUGCUUUUGCUCGCGCUGGCAUGCGGGCUCUGCGCGCGAGGAGCUACUACACGACAGGAGGUCAAACCAGAGGUGUGGCUACAGCAGUAUGGUUACCUGCCGCCAGGUGAUCUCCGUGCCCAGUCCCUCCGUGCUCCACACUCCAUCACCACGGCGAUUGCUGCCAUGCAGCGCUUCUAUGGCUUGACUGUUACCGGCUCCUUCAACCCAGAGACCGUAACGGCGAUGCAGAGGCCGCGAUGCGGCGUUCCGGACAAGUUUGGGGCGGAGCUGAAGAGCAACCUGCGGAGGAAACGCUACGCCAUCCAGGGGCUGAAGUGGGACAAAACGGAGAUCACUUUCUGUAUACAGAACUACACCCCCAAGGUGGGGGAGUACGAGACGUACCAGGCCAUCCGCCAGGCCUUUAAGGUGUGGGAGGGCGUGACCCCCCUGCGUUUCCGCGAGAUCCCCUACUACCUGAUCCGGGACAAGGUGGAGAGCUUCGCCGACAUCAUGCUGUUCUUCGGCGAGGGUUUCCACGGCGACAGCAGCCCCUUCGACGGGGAGGGGGGCUUCCUGGCGCACGCGUACUUCCCCGGCCAAGGCUUAGGGGGCGACACUCACUUCGACGCCGCAGAGCCCUGGACCGUUGGGAAUUCGGACUUGAGUGGCAACGACGUGUUCCUGGUGGCCGUUCACGAACUGGGCCACGCCCUGGGCCUGGAACAUUCGAACGACCCCUCCGCCAUCAUGGCUCCGUUCUACCAGUGGAUGGACACGGAGAACUUCGUCCUGCCCGAGGACGACCGGCUGGGCAUCCAGCAGAUUUACGGGUCAGGGUCCGGGCACCCCCAGCCACCCCCCCGCGUGACCCCAGACCCUCGUGACAACCCCCAACCCACGGACCCCCCCUAUAGGCCCGGGGGUCCCCCCUAUGGCCCGGACGUCUGUGAGGGCCACUUCGACACCAUCGCCAUCCUCAGGGGAGAGAUGUUCGUUUUCAAGGAUAAGUGGUUCUGGCGAGUGCGUAAUAGGCGCGUUUUGGACGGCUACCCCAUGCCCAUUGGACAUUUCUGGAGGGGCCUUCCUUCUUCCAUCAACGCUGCCUACGAGAGGGAUGAUGGGAAAUUUGUUUUCUUCAAGGGAGACAGGCAUUGGGUGUUCACCGAGUCGAUCCUGGAGCAGGGGUACCCCAAACCGCUGCGGGACCUGGGCAGUGGGCUCCCCAAAGACCGGCUGGAUGCGGCUCUCCUCUACACCCCCACUGGCAUGACCUACUUCUUCAGAGGGAACAAAUACUACAGAUUUAAUGAGAAAACUCAGUCUGUGGACCCAGAGUACCCCAAACCCGUCAGUGUUUGGCAGGGUGUACCGGAGAACCUAAAAGCUGCAUUCAUGAGCAAGGAUGGAGGACACACCUACUUCUACAAGGCCAAUAAGUACUGGAAGUUCAACAACCAGCAGCUGCGGGUGGAGCCCGGCUACCCCAAGUCCGCGCUGCGCGAUUGGAUGAGCUGCCCGAACGAGGACUCCAAGACCGGAGGAGGGGACGGAGGGGGGCAGAGGUGGAGGCGGAGAUGGGGGCAGAGGCGGAGGCGGAGAUGGGGGCAGAGGCGGAGGCGGAGAUGGGGGCAGAGGCGGAGGGGAGAUGGGGGCAGAGGUGGAGGUGGAGAUGGGGGCAGGGGCGGAGGCAGAGACGGGGGCAGAGACGGGGGCAGAGGCGGAGGCGGAGACGACGGCAGGAGGAAAGAGGAAGAGACGGAGGUGAUCAUCAUCGAGGUGGAGGAGGAGGGCGGGGCCGGGGGCGGGGCCGGGGCGGCGGCCGUGGCGGUGCCCCUCAUGCUGCUGGUGUGCGUGAUCUGUGCCCUGGCAGCCGUCCUGUUCUUCCGCAGGUACGGCACGCCCAGACGCCUGCUCUACUGCCAGAGGUCCCUGCUCGACAAGGUGUAGAGAGAGAGAGAGGGAGAGAGGGAGGGGAGAGAGAGAGGGAGAAGAGGAAG